AGAUGCCUGUCCUAACCGAGAUAGUAGAGAGAGGCAAGAAGAGAUACCCCACUACGGAGGAGAUCGAAGUGAUCGGCGGAUAUCAGAACCUGGAUAAGUCUUGCCUGGUCAAGACUCCCAAAGGGAAUCCCAAAGGGGUGAAGGUGUGCUUCGACGAGACCCAGCUGGAGCAGGUUUUUGAAUACCCAUCAGAGGCCUCUAUGAUAGCCUUUACCCCCUACCCCAUACCAGGUCAGGAGAAAGGGAAGGAGGAUGAGGUGCAGGAGGAAGAGGAGGAGGAGGAGGAGGAGGAGAGAGGAGUUUUUGUGUCCGGGACCAGCAGGAACGUGGGAGCAGCGGCUGGCCUGAGAGUGCUGAGAAUAGAUGAGUCUUGCCAUCGGUAGACGUCAGCUCGCCAAAUAGCCCAAGUGAUGUUUCAUAUUAGAUUUUUGUUUCCUGUAUUUUGUUUAUUUAAAAUGAUAUAAUUAAUGUUGGUAAUCUUUUUUGAUGUUCAAUGUUUUAUUUUACUUAGGGUCAGGGACUAUUGGUUUUGAAUUUUAAAAAUGAUGGUUUUGAGCAGUUUAUGAGUUGAAUGAUGGCGCAUGUAGCGGAACCUGACUGGACUUUUUAUUUUACUUCUCUAUUUCAAGGUAGAAGUGCAAAGGAAAUAUGAAAGCACAGUACAUAUUGUAGCCUAUAAGUUUGAAUAUAUAAAAGUGUAUUUUUACCAUCAGAUGUGUACUGUUGGGGGAUGAUCACAUGUCAAUGCAAGUUAGUGGAUUACUACAAAAGUAUUGUAAAAGGGUCCGGUCAGUUUAGUUUUAUUUAGCUUAGUUCAACAACACAAUGGCCCUACUGUAUAUAAACGUUGCAUCAGCACUGUAACGAUUCAGGCUGCAUUCCCUCUAGGGCACAACUUUUGACCGGCCCUAUUGGCCCUGGUCAAAAGUAGUGCACUAUAAAGGGAUUAGGAUAUCAUUUUGGACGUAUUCUCAGUGACGCUUAUAUCAUCUGGUCCCUGUGCCUGCUUGAUUUGCUCAUACAGAUGAUAUAAAGAUCAGGUCAUCCACAAGUCCAAAUACAUUUUGAGUCUUGUGAACAUCCCUUAACAGUGCCUUCAGAAAGUAUUCAUACACCUGGACUUAUUCAACAUUUUGUUGUGCUAAAGCCUGAAAUCAAAAUUGAUUAAAUCAAUGUUAUUUCUCACCCAUCUACACACAAUAGCCAAUAAUGACAAAGUGAAAACAUGUAUUUUUAUUUUUACAUUUUACAUCUAAUUUACACUUAUUCAUUCACACCCCAGAGCCAAUACAUCCAGCUCUUUCAAGUUGUUUGUUAAUCAUUGCUAGAAAGUCAUUUUCAAGUCCUGCCAUAGAUCUUCAACCCUAUUUAAGUCAAAACUGUAUCUAGGCCAUUCAGGAACAUUCAAUGCCGUCUUGGUAAUCAACUCCAGUGUAUAUUUGGCCUUGUGUUUUAGGUUAUUGAUUCAGAGGGAAUGGGUUAAAUGCAGAAG